AUGUCUCCAAGAAGAAUUAGAUAUAGCUUAUGGUACGCCUUUAAAGACAACAGGGGUGUCUCCCAGCGAAUACGUGUUGAAGAACUUUCCGAUGAUGAACCCAGUGUUUGUGACAUUCAAGACGAAAUCGUGAGAAAAGAAAAGUUGUCGUGUGCUGUGAGCACGAUUAUUCUUGAAGUAAAAGCUCCUGAAGGCGAUCAAUAUAAUUUGUUAAACGAUGCUUUAUUUCAUGAACAUGAAGAAAAUUUCAUCACCUUUCAAUGUCACUGUGAAGCCCAAAAAGACACCAUUUCUGUGGGCCACAUUGGCAAAGGACACGAAGGAUUUAAGCAAUUUUUCAUUGCCGAAUUCUUUAAUGAAGAUACCAAGGCAGAAGCUAUGGAAUUAGCUAGUAAGCGAACUUCAAUUUUUGUAGACAUGAAAAAAGCCAUUAUAACAGAUGAUUUGGAUUUGCAGAGAAUGUUAAAGGUUAUGGUGACAGCUGGAACCCUAAGUUUUAAUGUUUCCCUUGAGACAUUGUCAAAGGCUUUCACUGAUUUCAAAUUCCAAGAAGUCUGUCACUUGUUUGGCAUCUUUGAAGAUGAAAAUCCCUCUCUAAGUGCAUUCCCAGUGUUUAAUUGUGAUACAAGAACAAUAGAUUGGGAUCAAGUAGCCAAACAACACCUAGUGCAUCUGAUCAAUGAUUUGAAGGUAUACAACAUUGUGAAUCUUGUGUUUCUAAUGUCCUUUCUUGUUGCUGCAGUUUGUUAUUUCAAAGAAGAUAUCAUUCUCAGGCCUCAAAAGAAACUUUGUGGAAGACAUGGCCAUGGACCUGUAGACUUUGCUCUUGAGUCUCAUCACCAGCUUGGUCACAAGCACAAGUGGAAUGAAGUGGAUGAAGACACUGCUAGCCUUGAAGAAACAUAUGGGAUUGUUACAGAUGCUGAGAAGUGGUAUUUUCUCCAUUGCAAAGUGAGUGACAACAAAGGGGCUGAAUUUGGGUUGUCAAAGCCCCCUAUCACUGUUGAUUGGUUUGGAACUGUGGAGAAAUACAGGGCCAAUGUAAAAAUGGUGUUAGAGCAUAUCCUUUGGUUAUUGUGCAAAAUGGAGGAAGCAGAGGCUGACACAGGAAUAG